AAAGAAGUAUAUUCCCUAAAAUAAAUAAUUAUUCAAAAAAAUAAAUAAAGGAAAACAAAAUCAGUUUCUAAAUACCAAAAAUAAAAACGAAGCACCAAAAUUCUCAAAAUUCCGCCAUUGAAAUCCUUCCCCCAAACCUCUGAAUCUUUUAAUUCUCAAAUCCUCACAACCAUGCCUCCAGAUCUUCACCACCACAACCACAACCACAACCACAACCAUGCCGUAAAAUCUCCAUCGCCGAAACCUAAUCAGAAUUUCCUCUCACUCAUCCUCAAAGCCCUCAUUAUGAUCUUUAUAACCUCACUUUUCUUCAUCUUCGUCGGCGUAGCCGCCAUCCUCUUCCUCUGUCUCGCCGGAGAGGCACUACACCGUCGCCGUCGCCGAGGCGGUGGUGAGACCCGUCCCCUCAAUUCCACGUGUGGAUUCUCGCCUCGUGACCUAAGAAGACUUCCCCAAUUUCGUUGCCGUAACGGGACCGAAGGCGAGUGUGUGGUCUGUUUGGAUGGGUUUAGGGAAAAUCAAUGGUGUAGAAGACUCGUUGCUUGUGAUCACGUCUUUCACCGCAGGUGUCUCGAUUCGUGGCUGGUUAAGGUCCCGGCUUGUCCGAUUUGCCGGACACGUGUAGGGUUGGAUUUUGGUGAUACGGUUUCGUCGUCUUCUUCGCUCGAUUUGGCUGAAGAGGCUAAACAGUGGUGGGGAUUCAAUGAGUGACACCGAAUUCGAGGGUUUGGUUAGGCAUGUAAUGUAAGUUCUGCUAAAGGCUAAAGCUUUGGAGAUUUUUGUAUGAUAUGUUAACUUAAUUGGGUUUUUGCUCUAAUGUAUAAUAUAGUAUUAGAAUCUAAAUUGAAUAAGAAUCGCAGCAUGUUUUUUUUUUCUUCA